AUGCUUGUUCUCCCAGGAACAUCGGCUCUUUCGCCAUUUAAAACAAAGGCACUUUUGAAGAGCGUCCAACAACACGUUCCUGAAAUACAAGCAAUCGUUGCGAUAUUUGUUCAUUUUAUCCAGCCAAGAAACGAAUCAUCUCAAUUGCUUUUAUCCGAUGUAACGUCUAAUGAACGCAACAUUCUCGAUAAUUUACUCAAAUAUGGUUCAAAAUCGAAUGCAAGUUCUGAGGCAUUUUCUCAGAUUUUAGACAAUUUAAACGAGAUAGGAUCUGAUAAAUUUGUUUUAAUAGUUCCGCGUCCUGGAACAAUAUCUCCAUGGAGCUCCAAAGCAACUAAUAUAGCGCACGUGUGUAAUCUAAAACCACACGUAGAACGCAUAGAGCGUGGAACAGCAUACCUAUUUGAGAUGGCAGCGACAAUCUCAUCUUCUUUAUUUCAACAAAAAUUUCCCUUACUUUCGCAUCUGCUCUAUGACAGAAUGACUCAAAUACCUCUCUUCAACGUUCCGGACGAAGAGAUCCUAUUCAGACAUGGAAACCCGGCACCAUUGAAAACUGUUCCUCUAUUCACCGAUAAUGAAGAGAACGUGGACAUUCUGUCAGCCAAAGAAAAGUUAGCAAACGGUAACAAAGAAUUAGGUCUUGCAUUAGCCGAUGACGAGAUAGACUACCUAGUGGCUGCAUUCGUUAACGAUAGCGAGCUAAGGAGAAAUCCAACUGAUGUGGAAUUAUUCAUGUUUGCACAGGUCAACUCGGAACAUUGUCGUCACAAAAUAUUUAGGGCAGAAUGGAUCAUUGAUGGAAUAAAAAAAAAGUCAUCACUGUUCGAUAUGAUAAAAAAUACUCACAAGUUACACCCAGAGAGAACGAUUUCAGCGUAUUCUGAUAACGCAGCCGUGGUGCAGGGGUUUAAGGCAACACUAUUCACACCAGACCGUUCUUCCAACUGGACUUAUACGCUUGUGCCGGAAGAUGUCCAUAUCGUGAUGAAGGUUGAAACCCACAAUCAUCCAACACCAGUCUCGCCAUUUCCAGGCGCGGCCACUGGAUCAGGAGGAGAAAUCAGAGAUGAGGGGGCCGUUGGACAAGGAUCCAAGCCUAAAGCAGGACUCGUCGGAUUCAGCGUGAGUAACUUGUUAAUACCCGGCCAUGUUCGACCAUGGGAGACUGAUUUUGGAAAGCCUGCACAUGUUGCGUCUGCGUUGGACAUUAUGCUAGAUGGGCCGAUUGGAAGUGCAGCGUUUAACAACGAAUUUGGGAGACCAGCUAUAGUUGGAUAUUUCCGGAGUUAUGCGGAAAAUGUAAACAAACUGAAUGUCGAAAGGGGGGAAACGAGCGAUAAAAACGCGAGUAACGUGGAUGCGGACAAUGAUAAGAAAGUCAUCAGAGGCUAUCACAAACCGAUAAUGAUUGCCGGUGGAGUUGGUACUGUUCGACCCAUGCACGUAUACAAAAAACCCAUUUCUCCCGGUGCACAUAUUUAUGUGAUUGGCGGACCAGCCAUGUUAAUCGGUCUUGGAGGCGGUGCGGCGUCAUCGAUGGCAAGCGGAUCUAGCUCUGUGCACCUGGAUUUCGCAUCUGUGCAGCGAGAUAACGCGGAGAUGCAACGGAGAUGUCAACAAGUGAUUGACACUUGUACUGCACUGGGUGACAAUAAUCCCAUUCAGUCCAUUCAUGACGUAGGAGCAGGCGGAUUAUCCAACGCGAUACCCGAGCUGGUUCAUGACAGUGAAUUAGGAUGUCGCGUUAGGUUACGCGAUAUCCCCAACGAUGAUUCGGGUAUGUCUCCGAUGGAGAUUUGGUGCAACGAGUCGCAGGAGAGAUACGUCGUGGCAGUCGCGGAGAAAAAUGUUACAUUGUUUGCGGGUAUAUGCAAGAGAGAAAGAUGCUUGUAUGCGGAUAUUGGUGUGGCUACGGAAGAGCGGAAGCUGGUCUUGGUAGAUUCAUUGCUGAAUAAUACUCCAAUUGAUUUGUCAAUGGACGUCCUGUUUGGUAACCCGCCCAGGAUGACAAGGAAUACCAGUACAAUCAAGCCGUCAUACGUUGAAUUUGACACGUCACUGAGAACAUAUUUGGGUAGUCUUACCGAUACGCAAUUGAUCCUUGACGAUGUUGCUAACCGCUUACUGAGAUUACCCACAGUCGGAUCUAAAGCCUUCUUAAUCACCAUUGGUGAUCGUAGUGUCACUGGGUUAGUAGUUCGUGAUCAAAUGGUAGGACCGUGGCAGGUACCGGUAUCAGAUGUGGCCGUGACAAAGUUAUCAUAUGACAUGGAUGCAAUUACAGGCGAAGCAAUGUCAAUGGGCGAGCGUAGUCCAAUUGCAUUAAUAUCUCCGGCUGCAUCCGCACGUAUGGCAGUCGGUGAGGCCAUUACCAAUAUUGCAGCAGCAAAUAUAAGUGAUAUAUCUCAUAUAAAAUUGAGUGCUAAUUGGAUGUGUGCUGCUAAUCAUGACGGAGAAGGCGCUGGCUUGUAUGCGGCGGUAGAGGCAAUCGGAAUGGGACUGUGUCCCGAUUUGGGGAUUAGUAUACCUGUCGGAAAGGAUUCCAUGUCCAUGAAGAUGAGAUGGGUGGUCGCUCCGUUGAGCUUAAAUAUUACAGCCGUUGCUCCAGUUAUUGACAUUCACAAGACAUUGACACCGCAACUCAGAUCCAUUGAUAAUACUCUGUUAGUGUUAUUAGAUAUCGCGUGUGGCAGGCAACGUAUGGGCGGAUCUGCUAUUACUCAAGUGUAUAAUCAAAUUGGCAACGAGGCACCAGAUGUGGAUGAGCCGCGCGUGCUGAAAUCAGCAUUCAACAGUAUGCAGACGCUGCGCGAUCAGGCACAGACUAGAGAUGAUAUAAUUCUCGCGUAUCAUGAUAGAUCAGAUGGUGGAUUAUUUACUACUGUUGUCGAAAUGGCAUUUGCUGGCCGUGUUGGUGUCAACGUAGAUAUCCAAUCUAUAACGCACAAUGGCGAUAUAAUCAGAGCUUUAUUCAACGAAGAGUUGGGCAUUGUCAUACAGAUAAGAGAGAGCGACUGGAGUAAAGUAGUCGAUACUUUGACAAAGAAUGGAUUUCCUAAAGCGCAUAUUCAUCGCAUUGGAACUGUCAAUGUCACUACGCAGAAUAUCACAUUCGCUAAUGGAGAUGUUGCAUUAUACACAUCUUCCAGAGCCCAAUUACAACGCAUGUGGGCAGAGACAUCUUUUCUGAUGCAAUCCAUCAGAGACAACGCCCAAUGCGCUCAGGAAGAAUACGAUUCCCUUCUCGAUAACGAGAAUCCAGGCAUUCAGUAUCAUCUAACAUUCGAUCCUAAAGACGACGUUACCCUCCCACUUGUUGCAUCACCCUCAUCGCGUAAGCCACGAGUAGCAAUUCUCAGGGAACAGGGUGUGAAUGGUCAUUUGGAGAUGGCACAUGCAUUUUACGUAUCGGGCUUUACGGCAGUGGAUGUCCACAUGUCUGACAUUCUCAACGGCAAAGUAUCUUUGGAUGAUUUCCACGGCAUAGCCGCAUGUGGUGGCUUCUCAUACGGAGACGUAUUGGGCGCCGGAAGCGGUUGGGCUAAAAGCAUUCUGUUACAUUCCAAUGCACGUAACGAGUUUUCUAAAUUCUUUAAUAGAGAUGAUACGUUCGGAUUGGGAGUAUGUAAUGGAUGUCAGUUUAUGAGCCAACUAAAAGAAUUGAUACCUGGUGCAGAAGAUUGGCCCGAAUUUAAGAGGAACAAGAGUGAACAGUAUGAAGCGAGAUUCACAAUGGUCGAAAUAUGUUCGCCAGAGACAAAGGCGUUGAACAACACUAUCGAUACUAGUAACAGCACACAAACACAACCAUCUAUAUUCUUUGCCGGAAUGUAUUCCUCCCGUCUUCCAAUUUCAGUCGCACACGGUGAAGGAAGAGCAGAAUUCUCUUCACCCGCCCAACUUGACCGUCUUUCUUCGAACAAUCUCAUCUCUCUGCGCUUUGUCGACAAUUACGGAAAUCCCACUGAGCAAUACCCAUUCAAUCCUAAUGGGAGCCCGCACGGAAUUACUGGCGUUCAGACGCCAAAUGGCAGAUUCCUGGCAAUGAUGCCUCAUCCAGAAAGAGUACUGAUGAAGGAAAAUAAUUCAUGGUAUCCACGUGAAGCGAAUUGGGGUGAAUUAGGACCCUGGGUGAGAAUGUUUAGAAAUGCGAGAGUUUGGGUUGGAUAG